AUUUAUUUCAACGACCAAUCGAUCCGCUUGAAGACAACUUGCGAUUAUACAUUCUGUACGCGCCAGUAUCAUCUGAGAGGCAGUAUAAUAUUUACGGAUUACGCACAUGAAGAAUCGAUCAAUCUAGCAGUUUCAUCACCUGCGCCCUCCAGCUUUGUACUUCUCCCUUUUCGGUGCCGUUGCAACUAGAGUUUCUCACAACUUAUAAUUUCUCGAACCAGUGCGAUUUUGUAUUAGUUCAAGCUCCCGCGAAUCUUUGGUUUCCUUCCUCACUGUACCUACGAAGCGUUGGCAUGGUGCCGUCAGCAUGGUUGGAAUAGGACAACGGUCAUCAAUUCUGAGCCAGGGGAGCAGGCCAUCGAGCAAAGAUGGCGCAAAGAAAAAUAUAUGGUCCUCUAUGCUGGAUGGAGUAGCAAGCGGGAAGCGGUUGCCUGAAAAGAAUUUACUGGUUUUGGGAGGUACACCGGAUAGCCAGAGAGAGUUUCUUGAGACGCUGUCAUCAGACGAGUCCGACCCUAGGAUGCACUCUGAGCGUCGAAAUGGACGAGCGCCUCCCAUUGCCAAUCAGUUCGCGCUCGGGUACACUUAUCAGGAUGUGUUGGAUGCCGACCAAGAAGAUAUUCUUGCUCGCGUUUCAAUCUACCUACUGUCCGAACCUUCGUCGUCCUUCGCACCACUUCUCAAACCGCUUCUAACCCCGAAAACUGUACCAGAGACGCUGAUAGUGAUAUUACUGGACUGGGAAAAUCCUUGGACAUGGGUUCGGCAGCUACGCGAAUGGCUUCGCCUAUUACGUUCUGUGCUGAUCUCCCUCGAUGAUGAAACUAAAGUGGUAAUGGAAGAAGUUAUGACAGAAUGGCGAGAUCAUAAACGAGGUGGUGAUCCUGCAUCUUCAGCAGGCGGGGGAAUGACAACCUCUGGUGGACCGGUUACAAUCCCUCUUGGUCCUGGAGAGUGGGAUGAAGGAUUAGGGAUCCCUAUGUGUGUUGUUUGUCAAGGCGCAGAAAAAAUUGAAAAGCUGGAAAAAGAGCAUGGCUGGCAUGAGGAAGAGUUCGACUUUAUUCUGCAGUUUAUGAGAACGAUCCUGCUAAAACACGGCGCCUCGCUCAUAUACACAACACCAUUCCUUGCCAACUCGUUACAAAGCUUAAUCCACUCCUCUCUUGGGAUUCACUCGUUACUAAAGAGACAAUCUCUGAAACACAAUGUCAUUGAUAGAGAUAAGAUAUUAAUCCCGUCGAACUGGGACUCAUGGGGGAAAAUCCGAAUAAUCAGAGAAGGGUUUGAUAUGGAAGGAGUUGGGACAGGCUGGUCCAUCGAGAUUCAGGAUAAGCCCAAACAAUUCCACGGAGUAUCCGAGACUGAUGGUAAUCCCGAUGAAGGAAACGCUAGAAGCAAUCCUGAGCAAGAGGCUAUGGAAGACGGCAGCAGCGCCACGCUUAUCUACGAACAAACCAUCCGAGAUCCUAAGCGGGACCUAUCCAUUGCCCGAAGUUCCCAGCCCGGAGGGGACAAGGCGAUCGAAGUUGAAACGCGGGAUAUGCAAUCCUUUUUAUCCGACCAACUCCAGGUUCUUGAUCAGCUCAAAGCUGAAGACGAGCAGCGAGACAAGCAGUUGCGCAAGGGAGGCUUGCUUAAGGAUCAGGAAAAUAACAUCUCUCUAGACGAGCCCUCUCGUGUGAAUGAACACAUUGGACCCGUGCAGUUUAAUAUGGGAGGCAUUCAAGUUGAUGCAGAUGAUAUGUUGAGAAAGCUGAAGGAACGAGAAGCGAAUCGAACGCCAGUUCGCAAAGAUACUUUACCCCAAACACCUACAACUUCUCCAGGAAGUGGGACCGGCGACGACAAAAUGCAGAAUCAAGCUCUUGCGAGCUUCUUCGCCGGUCUCGUCAACAAGAAAACAGCCGGGAGUCCGCGCCCCGGUCCGAAUUAUUAGCUUGAUCCGGGAUAUAUAUCUUCCCUGCUUGGUUUCGAUUUUGUUUUUGUUCUUCUUGAAAGGUUUUCUCUCAUUUCCUACAGAGAAACAGCAAGGUUACGACAUAGCUGAAGCUAAUUAAGGGGCCAUGCAAAAGGGGGCCUGUUAUUGUUCUUUUACCCCUUGAUGUGUUCCCUACCUGCCGGGUCUUGAAAGCAAAGCUAGAGGGAAUAAUAAUGUUUGCAGUAGCCUUCCUUGGCUUGUUAGAAAGUUCACAUAAUACCCACGCUUCGAGUACUUUCCAUACUUUUUCUCUUUUCCCAGUCCUUUGCUUCUCUUGAUUUGGUGAUGUAUUGUUUACCGGCAUUGUAUUACCUUCCUCAAGCUUUAAGUCCACUCCCUCCGAGGGACUCACCACGAAUAAGGCUUGCACGCAAUGAAAACAUACUGCUCUAGAGGUAACGUGGGAUCAGAAACCCGUGGUGGAAAUCCCCAUUAGUUAGGGCCAAGCCGGGUAUAUAUAUAUAUAUAUAUAUAUAUAUAUAUAUAUAUGGCAAAGAAUAAGAGAAUAAGAGUGUGAUAUGUAUGCAUAGAUCAAUUCAAAACGGCAUUUGAAGUAGAAGUGUAUCUAGACUGAAAAUGUAUUGAGAAUACACCUACUACAUCGGGUUGAUAUGUAUGCACGUGGGCGAAUUAAUUAUUAGGCCCAGCAGCAUCAAUAUCCACCACGGGCACAACCGUGUCGGUUAGCUUAACUGCGUCGGGGUUGCUUGCUUCAAUACCCGAAUAUUUAUUAACCCAGCCGAGAACCUGUUGAUGCCAGACCAGGCUGUUCUCUUUGCUGAGAACCCAGUGGUUCUCAUCUGGGAAGUUGAGGAAGCGACUCGGGACACCCCGUUCCUGGAGGAUGUUGAACAGAGAGAGACCCUCAGCCACAGCAAGACGGUAGUCAAGAUCGCUGUGGAUGACGAGCAUGGGGGUUGCAAAUUGCAGGAUAUUUUCAGGGGCGGAGGGAUCGAAGCGUUCGAAGUUCUUGCGCGCUUCCCAGAAGGUGCCGUUGAACUGAUAUUUAUACGUUAAAAGGGCGAUAUAUUGUAGGAAGAGGCAAGUUGAUAGGAAUCAUAUGGAUUUUGCUGGCGUUGGUUAGGGAUAACGUACCUCACGUUCCAUAAACCAUAGUUCUUCGGUGGCGAUCUUAGCUGCUGCAACGAAGGUGCCAUCAUGGGAAACGAGAGCUUUGAACUUGCGACCGAAUGGCAUCCCUUGGAUCCAGUUGACCAUGAAACCACCGUAGCUUGCUCCGAGAGCAACAGCAUUAUCGGUAUCAAUAUAUUUAAAAUUUUCCUUAAUAUAUUCCCAACCCUUGACAAGGUCAUCAUAGGGAGCUCCACCUGUAUCAAAAUAAUACAUUGUUAGCGGUGAGGGUAUUUUAAAGAGCAGGAGUCGCGCUUGGCGGGUCUGAUCUUACCCCAGUCGUUCUGAAUUCUGUCACAAAAUUCUUCCCCGAAUCCGGUGCUGCCUGUGGGAUUGAGUGCCACCACAACGUAGCCUUGAUCCGCAAUAACCUUCGGGUUCCAUCUCGUGCUCCAUGAAUCUCCCCAUGAUCCUUGGGGCCCACCGUGGAUAAGGAAAGCGAGAGGAUAUUUCUUAGUUUCACAGAAGCCUUCAGGUUUCACAAUCCAGGCAUGAACCUAUUGAUCCGUUAGUUAAUCAUUGGCAAAUGCGAAGAUAUAAAGAAG